UUGUGGCGGCGCCAUCUUGCCUGCAGUAGGGUGCCUCUCAAAUUAACGCCUAUGAAGGAGUCAUCCAAACUACUUUAAUCCAUUCAUGGUUUCCUAUUGAGAUAGCCUAAGUGAUUGUACUGUUGAUGCUGUAAUGUCUCAUGUUGCCUUCUUGGGAAACCCAAAGAAGCUAUAAAUUAUUACUCCAUGCAAUAUUUCUUGCUAGACCUCCGCCCUCCUGCUGCACCCUGAAAAAGUUCCUCCUAUUUUGAACACUGCAAAAAAUAUCCAUCCCAGUUGUUGAUUUUAACUCGCGCUCCAAACUCUAAGCUUUGGCUGUUCAUCUAAAUGAAUAAGCGGCUGAAGGGCUUGGACUGAGUACGUUAAAGCGAAUCUUAAGUCGAUAAAAUAUGGUGCAAUUCAAGCUAACAGAACGUCUGAAUGUCGCGCGCAGACUGACAAUUUUUUUUUAUAGUGUGGGACCUCCUGUCUCUGCCCCUGCUGAUCAUAGCUCCUGAUUCAUUUGCCUCCGCGCGCUGCACAGCCGCUAUCCUCCCUCUUCCACACAGUUAACCAAGAGGACCAGUCCUUGUCAGACUCCCACCACACACACUUACUCGCACACAACCUAGCACGGACAGCUGCUGUACCGACCAUCAACCAUGGCUUCACGGGGCACUUCCUACCUGCUCUUCGGACUUUUUGUCAUCUUUUGCACCUGGGGAGUGUGGGCCGACAUGGAGGUGAGCAUGGAGGACAGAGUGGAGGUUUUCAGAGGAGACACAGCUCAGAUCAACUGCAUGUUCCCAUCAACUGAAGGCAACGGCAGCACAAUGAUACAGUGGUUCUACGUGACACGGACGGGAGAGAAGCAGAGAAUCUACUUUCAGGACUCAACUGGGAAGGUUGUAGACAAAGCCACACCCUUCACAGAGCGAAUCAGUGUGAAUGGAACUGGAGCCGACAAACAGGUGGUGCUGACCAUCAGGGAUGUGCAGCUUGCAGAUGAACUGGAAUUUAUCUGUGUCAUAGGUCUGACAAAUGGGCCUGCAGAGGGACGCACAAAGCUGAAAGUGUUCAAAACACCCGACCCUCCAACCAUCGAGGUAGUGCAAACAGGGAUCUCAGUCAAUGAAGAUGGCCCAUCCAGGGUUGGGAGCUGCGAGGUUAGGAAUGGAUUUCCCAAGCCAAAUAUCACAUGGUACAGAAACAACACGCCACUACGUGGAAUCCCAGGCGUGGUUGAAGUAGUGCCAAGUUCCACCAGUGAAUCCAGCCGUCUGAUCUCAGUGAAGAGUGAGCUGAACUUGAAAGUGAUGAAGGAGGACAAAGACGAUAUGUUCUACUGUGAGGUCACAUACUUUGUUCCUGCAGGAACCAGGAUGACAGAGACCGACAAGGUCCAAAUCACUGUGUACUACCCUCCCACAGACGUCCAGGUUUGGGUAGAGUCCCCAAAAGGAGCAAUCAAAGAGGGGGACACAAUCGAGCUUCAUUGUCGUGACAAUGGGAAUCCUCCAUCCUCUGUUAUUUCAUUCAAGCAUGUGGAUAGUGACGUGUCUGUGGAAGCCAAUGUGUUUUUGCUGGAAAAUGUGACACGUCUGAACAGCGGAGUUUAUGAAUGCACUUCUUAUGACACAGAAACCUUCGAUCCUACCAGUGGAGAAACCUCUGUGUUUGUGAACUUUCUUGAUUCUGCUGUGGUGCUGCCUAAAGACUCCGUUCUUGUGGCUCAAGGAGGGGCGCUUGAGGCCACCUGCAAUGCCAUGUCCACCCUGAAGACAGAAACGGCCUGGUUUAAGAAUGGGAAGGAGAUUUCAAAGGGCCACAUUUUAACAGUGAAGGACGCUUCAUUUGAGGAAGCAGGGACGUACACAUGUGUGGUGACUGUUCCUGAGAUUGAGGGGAUGGAAACCAGCGAGAAUCUUCUCAUUAAUGUCCAGAGCCCACCGAAGAUCUUGAGUCCUGACAACACAGACAUAGAGGAGAGUUAUGACGCGGCUGUAGAGCUGAGCUGCCAUGUCAGAGGUUUCCCGACCCCCAAUGUCACCUGGACCACAUCAGAUGGAAAGGUUCUUGAGACAGCCUCAGAAACGUUGACUGAGGAUGGGAUUAAGAGCAUGGUCAUCAUCAUGGUCACCUCGGACAUCAUUGCUUUCUGCAACGCCUCCAAUGACCAGGGCAUAGACGCCCUGGCCUUUAACAUUAAAGCCACUGUAAACAUCACCUCAGCACCAGCCACCACUACCACAACCACUACUACCACUACCACUACCACUCUCACUCCCAGUACUAUUUCCUCAACCAAAGAGAACAGUGGUGUCAUCAUUGCAGUAAUCAUUAUCUGCAUCCUGCUGCUGGCCAUCCUCGGCAGUGUACUCUACUUCCUUUACAAAAAGGGAAAACUCUGUGGAAGGUCUGGCAAGCAAGAUCUUACUAAGGAGAAGUCCAGCAGAGAUAACAUUGUGGUGGAGAUGAAGAGCGAUAACACUGAGGAAGCCGUGCUGCUGGGGGUGAACGGAGAGAAGCAGCCUUCCAGCAACCAGUAAAGGUUGGUGCAUACCUGGAUGUGCAGAAUUAAGGAUUGGACAGCUGCUCCUGUUCUUCCCUCUGAGACUCAGACCCCACUGCUGCUUUCAAGCUUCAACCACAGCUCCUCAUCCCAGAGUUACAUCAUGGAAACGCUCAGCUUCCUGCCCGUCACGUUGGACCGAGAAUCAAAUUAUUCCAAGCUUUUACUUACAGCUCUUCACGCCGCAUUUCUGUUGGAGUGCAACCUGAGCUUCAAUCAGAGAUCAUUUGAGCACUGACAUAACUCUUACUGCUUAUAAAUCUUCCACCCUCACACCUUUAGAAUGUCCUCUGGGCUUCUCUGUCACAUGAGCCUUGUAUACUGCUGAUCGUCCGUAGAACAAUAGUUAGAGCACAACUUGACCAGGGACUGUUUUUAUAUCAGACUAAGCAUCACCUCAGGCACAGCGAUCACUGAAGAGCAGCCUGACAUAGCUCUUUAUCAAGUGUACAUAUUAUAAUCUAUGUAUAUAUUUCUUUAUUUAAAAUAACUCCUUAAAAAAAACAAAAAGAAAUGACCAGACAGUGUUUUAUUUUGUUUGGGUGCUUUUUAUGAAAGAUGUCUUUUUAUUUUUGUUUGUUUUGUGGAGGUUUCCAGUUUUUCUAGAGUCUGUACACUGAAUUUUUUUUGGGAUGCAGCAUUGUUUCCCCAACAGCCAGUUACAGCCUCACCUUCAUGUUUCCUUUUAAUUAAGUUAAUUGAUUAACUUAGGUUCAGAAGCAGGACGCACCUAAACCACACCUUCAAUAACCUGACACCCUACUUAUUCAUAGUCACCCUACUUGAUUUUUCAACUCACCCACCCUCCCCAUCUUUAUAACCCCCUUUUCUCAUCCCAGUUAGUCAACCCUCGCCUCUCCCAAGUCUUUGUCCAAUUCUAGGUAUAGUCUGGGCUAAGAUCAGUUCGGGCAGAAUAACACCAGAGACAGGGCCCGCAUCUUGAGUCACCCUCUGUCCAGCCUUCAGUCCAUCCCAGACUAGCCCAGAACACAAAAGCCUUCCCCCAGUUUCACUACUGAUCACAACACACACUCAGAAAACACAAACACAUAUUGUUGUGGCGUGGUCCUUGCUAGUUAAGUUCUGAAUAGGAAAAUGCAGGUCACUCAGUUACAUAGUAUCAUUCACAUGUACGGGCUAACAUCCUCACCUUGUCUUUCCCAAGUUUGUGUAGUUUAGAAUAAACUGUGUGUAAGCAGGUUUUUAAUCUGUUUGACAUUUAACAAAAGAGUCAACGUUAUGCGAAGUUAUCUUUGUUUUGUUGUCCUUCCUUCACUGACUCAGAUUAUCUGAAUGUGUUUGAGUUGAAGCCUUUCAAACAGCCAGGUUUAAAAAUGUUAAGAUGCCUUAUAAAGUCAAUCAAAGCCUUUGAAUAUCCCAACAUUUUGUAAUGCCAGUUAUGUUUUUAUUUAAUGUUCAGAGCACUGGUUUCUUUGUGGUUCCUCUUCAUGGAUUUGUGUUUCUCUAAUGUGAAACAAAGUUUAAUUUUUAUGAUUUUAUUUGGAUGAAACUGUGUUCUAUUGCUGUUUUUAUUUUAAUAUUUUAAAAAGAUGAAGGAUGAGGGUAGAACAGAUUAUUGGUCCAUGAUAGAAAUGGUUCACGGCAUGAAGUUGCCCUCUUUAGUAGUCCAGGAUGCAUUUUUGUGUUAUUUUUCCUUUUCAUUUUUGGAUCCUAGAAAGUCUCAGAAACCUCCUCACACUGGAGACUUUGGGCCUCAUUCACUAACAUUCCCCUAAGAUUUUUCUCAAGACGCUUCCUAAAAGGCAAUUUAAUGCAGAUUUAUGAACUUGUUCUUGGCCUGCAGAAUGGGACUCCAGAGUUAGGAUAAAUCCCAGCUAUGAACAUUUUGGUGAAUGUCAGAAUCUUGUCUUGUCAGAAGUGUCUUUCUAAGAAGUUGGCAAAUGAGGCUCAUUGUAUAAACUGCAAUUACUGUGGAGGGGGGAAUGACUGUGACCCCAUAUAUGCAAAAAAAGUUAGACAAUCAGCAUCCACACUUGACCUCCUACCCUCUGAUAAUCUGCUGUUUUUGAAAAUGCUUUUGAUGUUUGAAAAUCAGUAAAAUACCUUUAAUGCCUUGUUAAAGAAAUGUUAUUGAGGCAUCCAGGCCAAUUUCCCGACAAGUACACUGUAGGUUUUUGAAAUUAUACCAAAUAAAGACUUAUUGACUGUUAA